UCGGAUUAAAUUUGACUCGCAGUUCUUCAGCUGAUGAAUUUUUUUUACACACACAGUGCAAAGAUGACUGAAGGGACGUAAGUAUUGUAUUUAAUGUGUGUGCGGAGAAGAGGGGGUCCCUAUAAGACGACAGCAGUGACGGACCUGACAUGCUGGAGGCUCAGUAAUGUGAAAGGAAGGCAGACGUGGAAAUACCUGAAGGAUGAAGAGACUGAGGAGAGGGAACAGAACUUCUUGGAGGCUCAUUCUGUGGGCCUUGACACGAGUAAGUUUAUUCCAGCCUCCCCAGUAGCUCACACAGCAGUUGAGGCCACUCAGAAGGGGAUAGAGUUUUACAGCCAUCUCCAGGCUGAGGAUGGCCACUGGGCUGGAGACUAUGGAGGACCACUUUUCUUGCUUCCAGGUCUCCUCAUAACCUGUCAUGUUGCAAAAAUCUCUCUAUCAGAAGCUUGGAAGAAGGAGAUGGUGAGAUAUCUACGUUCAGUGCAGCUGCCAGAUGGUGGCUGGGGUCUGCAUGUAGAAGACAAGUCAACAGUAUUUGGCACAGCUCUCAGUUACACCACACUGCGAAUCCUGGGAGUUGGGUCUGAUGACCCAGAUAUGGUGCGGGCAAGGAGCAACUUACACAGCAAAGGAGGUGCUGUAGGUAUACCAUCCUGGGGAAAGUUCUGGCUGGCCAUCCUCAAUGUGUACAGUUGGGAAGGGAUGAACACACUCUUUCCAGAGAUGUGGCUGUUUCCAACUUGGAUGCCGGCACACCCAUCCACUCUGUGGUGCCACUGCAGGCAGGUCUACCUUCCCAUGAGCUACUGUUAUGCUGUCAGAUUGUCUGCAGAGGAGGACUCACUGGUGAUCAGCCUGAGACAGGAACUAUAUAUCCAGGACUAUUCAACUAUUAACUGGCCAGCUCAAAGAAACAACGUUGCAGUGUCAGACAUGUACACCCCUCACAGCACUCUGCUCACUGCUGCCUACUCCAUCCUGAACCUAUAUGAGGCUCAUCACAGUACUGCACUGAGAGAAAAAGCUGUGAAAGAACUGUACGAUCACAUCCAAGCAGACGAUCGCUUUACAAAGUGCAUUAGCAUCGGGCCGAUCUCAAAAACCAUUAAUAUGUUGGUGCGCUGGCAUGUGGAUGGGCCCACAUCAGCUGCCUUCCAGGAGCAUGUGGCAAGGAUCCCAGACUAUCUCUGGCUAGGUCUUGAUGGUUUGAAGAUGCAGGGAACCAAUGGAUCUCAGCUAUGGGACACUGCCUUUGCAGUACAAGCAUUUCUUGAGGCAGGUGCACAGAAUGACCCCCGGUUUACACAGUGUUUAAUGAAGGCCCACCAGUUCCUUAAUCUAACCCAGGUUAAAGAAAAUCCCCCAGAUUACAAGAAAUAUUACAGACAAAUGAGUAAGGGAGGUUUUCCCUUCAGUACACUUGACUGUGGUUGGAUCGUAGCUGACUGUACAGCAGAGGGCCUGAAGUCGGUGAUGUUACUGCAGGAGCAGUGCAGCUUCAUCACAGAGCACAUUCCCUCACAAAGACUCUUUGAUGCAGUCAAUGUGCUUUUAAGCAUGAGAAAUUCUGAUGGUGGCUUUGCCACAUACGAGACCAAACGUGGAGGAAAACUGCUGGAGCUGCUCAACCCAUCUGAAGUGUUUGGUGAUAUCAUGAUCGACUACACCUAUGUAGAGUGCACGUCGGCUGUAAUGCAAGCCCUGCAGCACUUCCAUCAUGCUUAUCCUGAGCACAGAGUGCAGGAGAUCAGGAGUACUCUUCAGCAGGGACUUGACUACUGCAGAAGGAUGCAAAGACCUGAUGGUUCAUGGGAAGGGUCAUGGGGUGUGUGCUUUACAUAUGGAGUAUGGUUUGGAUUGGAGGCAUUUGCAUGCAUGGGUCAUAUUUUCCAGGAUGGAUAUGAUGGACUGGUGUGUGCUGAGGUGAGGCGUGCCUGUGACUUCCUGCUCUCCAAGCAGAUGGAGGAUGGAGGUUGGGGAGAGGACUUUGAGUCAUGUGAGCAGAGGUGCUAUAUACAAAGCAAAAAUUCCCAAAUCCAUAACACCUGCUGGGCUCUGCUGGGUCUGAUGGCUGUCAGGUACCCUGACAGCAUAGUCAUUGAGCGUGGAAUACAGGUUUUGAUUGACAAGCAGCUUCCCAAUGGAGACUGGCCACAAGAGAACAUCUCUGGUGUUUUCAACAAGAGCUGUGCCAUCAGUUAUACAUCCUAUAGAAACGUGUUUCCAGUUUGGACUCUGGGCCGUUUCUUGCGUCUCUACCCUUCCAGCUCACUUGCUCAGAACCUGGCAGAGACUGAAAGAUAAUCUGUGUUUAAUUUCCUUUGGUGUCUAACUUUCUGGUGAAAAUUUUCACUUUCAUACAAACUGAUUUGCUGCUUUUAGGACUGACCAGUCAGUAAUGCUCUCCCAUGGUCACAAUUGAUUUUGUUUUUAAAUCAUGCUAUAGUUAAAUAUAAUUUAACUGUAUUUUUGAAAGCUACAUUGUUUUAUUUUACAAUAUUUUCUUAUAUAUUAUGUCAUGUGGUCAUGGGAUUGCCAAUUCAAUUGCAUAGUUCUAAUAAAUAAAUGCACAAAAGAUUUCAUGCCAUUGUAAUUGAACAGUACCUGUAGCGCUAGAUAUUUGAGGCAUAAAUUAAUGCAAGCAUAGUAUCAUCAUUGUAUUGACAAGGAAGGGUAUUUUGGACCUUUUAAGUAAAUUCUGAGUUUAUUACAAGCAUCUAUGCACAGCUCUCCCUAUCUUUCACACCCACACACAUACACAUGCACUGUUAAUUAUAAAUAGGGAUGUACACACUGUCACUGAUACAUUCACACACACUCGAGAGACAGAGUGACACCAAUCCAGAAGUGCAUGUAAAUAAAUUUUCCCUCAGCCAUGUCACAUAUACCAGUAUUAGAUCUCCAUUAUUCUGUAAUAAGAAUAAUAUGAGUUAUUUAAAUGUGAUGCUUGUUAUUCAAAUGUGUACAUGAAGAUGACAUUAUAUACAACCCUGCAUAUUUUUCAAUUAAAGUUUGGAUUCAUUUCAGGUGACUAAUCAGUUAGGUUAAUAAUUAUGUAAGAACUCUUUAAUAAAUACAACAGUAAUAAUUAGUUGGGAUUUCCAUCACUAUAACAUUUUUCUUAAAUCAUGGAUAACCGGGCAGUUUUUUUCACAGACCACUGAUAAUCCCAACUUUGGACCCAACUUUGGCCAAAUUCCCUUUGUGUCAAAGCUUGUGGAGUGUGUACAGGGCUUUAGUUGUCACAUUUUAUCACUUUCCCUUUAUUCAACUCCCAGAGACAAACAACAUAGUCAUUUUUUCCAUUAGUCAUUUUUUUCCACAACAUGCCAAUGAUUAAGCCAGCUUGUCCAUACUUUAUAUUUAUAUACAGUCCUCUCUAAAAGUACUGGAACGGGAAAGCCAAGCUAUUUUUUUUUUGGACUUUUGGAUUUGAGAUCAAAACUGAAGAUAAUAGUUCAUUUUCUUAUAUUUAUGCCUAGAUGUGUUAAACAAUUUAGAACAUGUCACCUUUUGUUUGAAUCCACCCAUUUUCCAAGUGUCUAUAAAUAUUGGAACAUGUGAUGAACAGGUUUUUCUUGUUACCCAGCUGUCUUCAUUGUACGGGGGGGAGGGGACAUUGCCCUUGCCACUCCAGUACUUUUGCAUCGGGCUGUAUGUAAAGUAUAGUAUAAGUACAAGAAACCUUUUUUGCUACUUUUAUGAGGAAUUAGUUUGAGGAAAGAUUUACUAAGUGUGAGGUGGUAUUAAUUUUCAACUGAGUGAUGUCAUGUAGUGAUCCCUGCUGUAGGUGCUCUACCCCCACAUGCUUUCAGAUCAGUAAGUUCAGCUCACUCUGGGUUUGGCUCUUCAUGCGUGAGCAGCGAGUGGGACACACCCAUCACCAAGAUAUAAACAUUCCAGUGCAUCUGACAAAGUAAAUAACCUUUGUACAGGGAGAUCUACAGCUUCAAUUAGGUUCAAGCAUUAAUUCAGGUCAUAGGAUUAGUUUGGGAUGAAAGAGAUUUACAUAUCGGAAGAAUUUGUUCCUCAAACAUACUGGUCUGUGUGUGUGUGUGUGUGUGUGUGCGUGCGCUUAAUGUUAGUAGUAAUGUUAAUGUAAUGAUAAUUUAUAUAAAUAAAGAGUUAUAUUUCAAGCUUUACAAGCUAUAUUAAGUAAAACCUUGUUAAGCUUUCCAUAUCCUUUAUAUGCUUUGAGUUAUAGCAAGUGUUGACAAAUUAUAUAACAGCAGCCUGUCACUCCAAGAAUGUGGAUGUUUGGACUGCAAAAGCUUACAUGAGUGUUUCAGACUGGCUUUAUCUGCACUCUUUAUUUAUUUAUUUAUUUAUUUAUUUAAAAUUAUGAGAAUAUAUUAAUUUCAUAUUUAAGUCCUUUGUUUAUCCUUAUUGCUAAAGUAUUUUUAUUAUUAUUUUUUUAUUAUUAUUUAUUAUUAUUAUUUUAUUUAUUAUUUUUACAAAAUAUGGUAUGCUUGAUAUGUUCCUGUCAAGAACUGAAGCCCCUUGUUGCAUGAUUUCCUCUAACCCAUGCUACACCCACAGCGCUCCCAUUGGUAGGACUUUGGUAUGAGGCGUCGCCCAUCAGUAAAGCACACAAACACAGAUCAAGGAACUGCCUGCUGUUUGUUGGAUCACAGCACUAUCUUUCCUUAUUUUGGAAGACUUUGUGCCACAGCUAUGAACCCCAACUUUCCACAGCAGCCUGGACAACCUUUUCCCAGUGCUCCUUAUGCUAACAUGCCUUACCAACCACCACCAGGAUAUGGUGGUCCAGCAGUCUAUCCAGGAGGGCCAUGCAAUCCUCCCACGGGCCCAGGACCCUAUCCAAGAGGACCAGUCAAUCCACCUAUGGGCCCAGGAACUUAUCCACCUAUGGGCCCAGGAACUUAUCCGGGAGGGCCAUACAAUCCUUCCGUGUGCCCAGGACCCUAUCCAGGAGUGCAUAAUGCUGGUUAUAACCAGGGGCCAGGAUGUGGGCAUGGUCCUGGGCAUGGUCCUGGGCAUGGUCCUGGGCAUGGUCUUGGUCUUGGACACGGGAAACACGGGAAACACAAGAAACACAAGAAACAUGGGAAACAUGGAAAACAUGGAAAACAUGGCAAGCAUUCUGGCAGCAGCAGCAGCAGCAGCUCUGACUCUGAUUAGAGCAUGAAGAUGUUUCAUAAACAAAUCUACAGCUUGUCCCAAGCAGCCUAUGAAAAAUCAUUAAUCUCUUCCUAGCUUAUAUAUAUAUAUAUAUAUAUAUAUAUAUAUAUAUAUAUAUAUAUAUAUAUAUAUAUAUAAACACACACCUUAUAUGGCUUUGAAUUGAAUAAAAGGGUUUACAUUGCUUACUGUACAUGUAUAAUAUGUUAUUCAUACUUUUUUUUUUUUUUUUAAUUUGCCUAAAAUUCUUAGUAGGUGCUUGCAACUAAACUGAAUGAACGGAACUAAACCAAACUGAACUGAAAGAGUUUUUUUUUAUUUAAAUUAAAAUUUUUCAAUUUUUUUCAUUUUUUUUUUUUUUUUACACAGCUGCAUUUAAUUGUUAACUUUGCUAUCUAUUAUAGCAUGUGUCCACCAUUCUAUAUGUUGGGUAUCUAAACAGUGAAUGAAAUAGGUGUGUUCCUAUUUAUGGUACAUGAAAAAACAGGUUAGGACUGUCCUGGCUGUCAGUAAGAGCACUGAAACCAGCAACGCUAACCAAACUACAAACAUGGCCAUUCAAAACUACAACGGCCAAGAUUCACAGCGCCCCCUGUCACCGGAGUAUUGAACUCAGCUGUUGCUCAUUCACUCAUCACUACCACGCUACUUAAACCUCUCCCUCACACAGUAUUGACGCGAAGUAUCGUUCUGAGUUCCCAGUCCAUACCAAGCCUGUGUUAUUCUCUGCCUGUUUUGUUGUUCCUGACUCUCGAUAUCCUUUCACCAUUCUCGCUUCCUGUUUUGUCUACGUUACUCUGAUUGCCGAUCGACCGACCAUCGCCUGCCUUCUGACUAUGACUCUUGCUUCACGAUUUUGGCUCCGUUCACUUUGCUCGCCACUUCUUCCUGCAAUUACAUCUGUAAGUGCCUGCAUCCUGACAGGAUGCUUUGCCUUUAAUGGAUGUAGCAGAGGAAGCAAAACAAACUGCACUGAACGCUCAGGGGUAGUUGUUAGGUUGAUAAGCAUCAACCUUAAUACGUGGAUGACACAACUUGCAACUGUGAUGUCGCAGGCCCUCCUUCCACGCCUUGAGGCAUCUUCUAGUGCCAUGCUACAGCUCCCAGUUCCUGAAAAAUAUGCCGGAGAUACGACUGCUUGUAAGGGGUUUCUGCUACAGUGCUCCCUGUACUUCGCCACUAUGCCACGUCCCUUGGCUGAACACAAGAUCGCCAAAUUCUUAUCCUUCCUCACUGGCAAGGCACUGCAAUGGGCCAGCAUUGUAUGGCGUAAAGGAGGCAAACACAUGACUUCCUAUGAGCGUUUCCUCAAACAAAGGAGGCAAACACAUGACUUCCUAUGAGCGUUUCCUCAAACUUCUUCAAACAAGUGUUUGAUCACGAACCUGAAGGCAUCGAAGUUGGAGAGAGUCUCCUCACCAUGAAGCAAGGCUCAAGAAAAGUUGCAGAAUACGCCUUGCACUUUCGGACCCUUGCCGCAGCCAGUGGAUGGAAUGAACCGGCUUUGAAAGCAGUGUUCCGUCAGGGCUUCCGUCCAGAGAUGCUCAGCGAAAUGGUUUGUAGGGAUGAAAGCAUGAUGCUAGACUCCCUUAUUGACUUGGCGGUCCGGCUGGAUCAUUUGCUCACCAGCUGGCCAUCUCUUAAGGACACCUCCAAGCCUGUUCAUCGCACUGAAGAAAGUGCACCCAUGGAAGUGUCCCACACUCACCUGAAAAGAUCUGAGCAAGAAAGGAGGAGAGAAGGUCUCUGUUUUUACUAUGGGAGUUCAGCGCACAAGAUAAAUCAGUGUCUCAUCCGUCCGUCCUGCUCCAAGCCAGUGGAACCCACUACUCAGGCGGUGAGUCCAGAUCAAAAAUUUAAUGCACAAUCAUUCAAAAUGCCUGUAUUGUUAAAGCUGGUGUCCUCCACACACAUCCUGACUGCCUUCAUAGACUCGGGGGCAGAGGGGAAUUUCAUCAGCAGCGCGAUUGUCCGGAAGCAUGACCUGCCCACAACCCCUCUGCAGAGUCCACUCAGCAUUCGAACUACUGACGAAGGACCCAUAGGUGAAGGCCGGGUUACUGCCAGGACCGCUCCCAUCUUCAUUCAAGUGGGAGCACUCAAUUCAGAGCAAAUUUCUCUCUAUGUAACCACCACUGAACAUCACGACAUCAUUCUGGGGUAUCCUUGGCUACAACUUCAUGACCCAUUGAUCUCUUGGCAUAAUAAAAAAAAUUCUGCAGUGGUCGCCCACCUGUUUCCAACAUUGUCUUGCACAUCCCCAACUAUGUGUCUGUUCCACGCCAGUGGAAAGUCUGCAGCCAGACUCCAUUGAAAAUAUCCCGGAGUGUUACCUUGACCUGCAGGAGGUCUUCAGUAAAGGGAAAGCUUGUGGACUACCACCUCACAGACCAUAUGACUGUGCCAUCAACCUUCUACCAGGUAUGUCACCUCCACGUGGUCAAAUUUAUUCCCUUUCCCAGAAAGAGCACGCUGCCAUGGAAGAGUACAUUCAGGAAGCCCUCAACCAAGGAUGCAUCCCUCCCUCUAAAUCACCAGCCUCAGCAGGCUUUUUUUUUUUGUCAAAAAGUGAGGUGGCAGUCUUCGGCCUUGUAUAGAUUAUAGAGGGCUUAACCAGGUUACAGUUAAAUACCCUUAUCCUCUGCCUCUUGUUCCGGCUGCUCUAGAGCAGCUUUGUUCAGCCAAGAUAUUUUCAAAACUCAACCUGCAUAGUGCCUAUAAUCUGAUAAGAAUCAGGAAGGGUGAGGAGUGGAAGACCGCAUUCAGUACAACCACUGGUCACUUUGAAUACUGGGUAAUGCCUUAUGGCCUUUCUUCGGCUCCCAGCGUCUUUCAGUGUCUGAUCAAUGACGUACUAUGAGACAUGUUGGGAGUCUACAUCAUAGCAUACAUUGACGAUAUUUUAAUAUAUUCCCAGGAGGAAAAGAGCCAUAGAGAACACGUCAGAGCAGUUCUCCGACGCUUAUUGGAUAAUCACCUCUAUGUCAAAGCUGAGAAGUGCGAAUUCCACUGGAACCAAAUCACCUUCUUAGACUACAUCAUAAGUUCAGAAGGAGUAAGCAUGGAUUCCUCAAGUUUCCGCAGUCACAUCCUGGCCUGUGCCCACCUCUGUCAAGGAACUUCAACGAUUCUUGGGUUUUGCAAACUUCUAUUGUCAUUUCAGUCGAGGUUUCAGCACAACUACAGCUCUCCUAACAGCCUUGCUUAAGAAGGGACCCAGACGACUGCAAUGGAAUUCCUCUGCUGAAGAAGCCUUCAAUCGUCUGAAGGGAAUGUUCACCUCAGCCCCGGUUCUGCAACAUCCUGACCCAACAAAGACUUUCGUCGUAGAGGUCAACGCAUCUGACACAGGGGUUGGAGGGAUCUUAUCCCAACGUUAUGGCGAGAAGCACAAACUUCACCCUGUAGCUUUCUUCUCCAGGAAGCUCACAUCUGCUGAAAGAAACUAUGUCGGUAACCAUGAACUCUUAGCCAUCAGACUCACUCUUGAGGAGUGGAGACACUGGCUGGAGGGAGCCACUCAUCCCUUCACAGUACCCACUGACCACAAAAACCUAGAAUACCUCAAGAAGGCCAAGCGUCUCAAUCCACGCCAGGCCAGAUGGGCUCUCUUCUUUACCUGGUUCUGUCAGUAAGGGCACUGAAACCAGCAGCGCUAACCAAACUUCAAACAGGGCCACUCAGAACUACAACAACCAAGAUUCACAGCGCCCCCUGUCACCGGAGUAUUGAACUCAGCUGUUGCUCAUUCACUCAUCACCACCACGCUACUUAAACCUCUCCUUCACAUAGUAUCAACUCGAAGUAUCAUUGAGUUCCCAGUCCAUACCGAGCCUUUGUUAUUCUCUGUCUGUUUUGCUGUUGUUCACUCUCUCUAUCUUUUCACUGUUCUCGCUUCCUGUUUUGUCUACAUAACUCUGAUUGCCAAUUGAUCGACCCUCGCCUGCCGUCUGACUACGACUCUUGCGUCACGAUUUUGGCUCAGUUCACUUUGCUCACCGCUUCUUCUUGCAAUUACAUCUGUAAGUGCCUGCAUCCUGACACUGGCAAGCAAAAUUAAAUCAUAAUAUUGAAAUAGGAUUCUUUGGGGGGAAAAAAAGGACCUGAUCUGACCUCUGAUGGAGAGAGAAAGAGAAAGUGGAUCUGCCUAAAGUCAUGAUGGUCCCAAAGUAGACUGCCACUAUAAAAAUUCUUAAUACUCACAACAAAAUGUUAGCAGUCCUCUUUUUAUCUUUAAUGGUAGAUAAUAUUCCUUCUUUUCAUCUUGAACAUGUUAAAGAUAUGAUUUCAAAAAAGCUUUUAGAGAGCUACAGCAAGGUUGCAUCUCCCUAAAAAUGUAUUUAAAUGACUCUGCUAUUAGGUUAUUUAGCUAGCUUGUGAUCCACAAAAUAUCAGGGUUUUGUUUUUGGGUUUUUUUGUGCUCUAGCAUUGUACCAAGCCAAAAUGAACCUCACAGUACGAAAAAUUUCAUAAUGUAGGUUUUGGUUAAGAGCUGUUCCUUCACUGGAAACCAUGAUAUGGAUUGUUGAGAUACAACAUUUAAAAAUUUAUUUAUUUUCAUAAACACAUUGUAGUCACUGUACAAUUCAAUAGGCCUAUGUCUUAUUUAAUCGUUUUGAUCUCACUAUUAUUCUAAAGUGUAGAAAAUAAAGUAAAAGUAAAGCAAACUGGACCUAUAUAUGUAAAAUAUGUAUAAAGGACCUAAUUUUGUUUUAUUUUGUUCAUUAUAAACAUUUAUAUCUAUAAUCACAUUUUCUUAUAUCAUAAUUUUCAGUUUACAGAAUUUAUCAAAUGAAAUUAAAAAUAUAGGAAGGAUUUGACAAAGUAUUUUUGGUAUCCUUCAUGGGGAAUGUAAAUCAAGAGAAAACUGUAUUAGUCCAAAUAGAUCAUAAAGAACUUAGCUACAGCUAAAUAUAGCGUUUUUAACCAUUAUUACGCAAAACACUCCAGCUAUAAACAAACAACUAUUUUAUUUAGCCUGUAAAGGGGAUAAAAAUACCCAGAAGCAAACCUUUUUGAAGUACUUCUAUGCUACAGAGGGGAAACUGAGCUCUUUGUCCACUCACAUUAUUUGUAUACUUUGGUAUCAGAGAAUAGCAUGGCUAAGAAAGAGAGCAUGACAGAAAAGAUGUAUAUCACAGAGGAGGCAAUAUAUUCAUCCUGAAUGCACAAAAUUAGAACAUUUGAAUGAACAUGAAUAAACUAAAGUAUUCCAGGUGACUACCUCAUGAAGCUGGUUAAGAUGAUGCCAAUACUGUGCGAAGCGUCCUCAAGGUAAAUGGUGGCUACUUUGAAGAUCUAAAUGUGAAACAUAUUUUGUUUAACACUUUUGUUGUUGUUUACAACAUAAUUCCAUGUAUGUUCCAUGUGUUAUUUUAUAGUUUUGAUGUCUUCAGUAUUGUUCUACAAUGUAGAAAAUAGUCAUAAUACAGAAAGAACCUAUGAAUGAGUAGGUGUGAAGAGUCACCUGGAAUGCUUUUCUGGUAACAGGUCUGCCUUGUCAAAAGUUAAUUAGUGGAAUUUCUUGCUUUCUUAAUGCAUUUGAGAUCAAACAGUAAAUAAUAAAAAAUACAGUAAAUAGCCCUAUUCCACAACUGUAGUAAUCCAUAUUAUGGCAUGAACUGCUCAACUAAAAGACAUGAAGUGUACUUUAAUUCAUAAAAAAAUAAAGAAAAAGCACUGUA